ACAUUUUGCAGUCGUGUACCCCAUCAUCAAAAUCCCAAUCUCUCAUCACAUUAAUUUUUUUAAUUUUAAUAAUAUUCAUUAUUUAAUUAAUGCCACUCUCCAACCUCAUCCUUAUUUAUUUAUUUAUUUAUUUCAAUUCAACCCUCACAACGCUAUCAUCACAUCACACCCAUUUCAUACCUCUAUUUCAAUCUCAUCAACAUUUUCAUCAUUUCAUUUCACUCCCAAAAAAUCUAAUAUGCAACUAAACGAAAAAAUGAGAAACCAUUACAACCUCGUUGGUGAAAAACGUUGGUCAGUAAUUCUCUUAACACUUUUAGGUAUAAUCGGAGCAUUACUUUUCAUAACAACAAUACUCCAAACCUCAGACAACACCUUAUUAUGUUCUUUCACCCGAACCAAACUCCAAACCACAAACCAAAACACAAACCCAACACCGAUCCAGCUUCGUGCGAUUCUUCACUACGCAACCUCACGCGUUGUUCCACAACAAUCCAUCCACGAAAUCAGCGUCACAUUAAACGUAAUCAAAUCGUUAAAUCGACCCUUCAACUUCCUCGUUUUCGGGUUGGGCCAUGAUUCACUUAUGUGGGCCGGGUUUAACCCGUUAGGAAAAACUAUUUUUCUUGAAGAAGAUCCGAAAUGGGUUCAAACUGUUCUUAAAGACGCACCGGAGUUACACGCUAUAACCGUCAAUUACCGGACGCAGCUUCAACAAGCCGAUGAGCUUCUCAAAAGUUAUAGAUCGGAGCCGGAAUGUUCUCCGGCGAAAGCUACGUUACGUGGAAACGAGAAAUGUAAGCUAGCUCUUCAUAAUCUACCUGAUGAGAUUUAUAAUACUGAAUGGGAUUUGAUAAUGAUCGAUGCGCCGAGAGGAUAUUUCGCGGAGGCGCCGGGGAGAAUGGCGGCGAUUUUCUCGAUGAAUAUUAUGGCGAGGAAUAGACAAAGUUCCGGUGUGACACACGUGUUUUUGCACGAUGUGGAUCGGAAGGUUGAGAAGAGUUUUGCUGAAGAGUUUCUUUGUAAAAAGAAUUUGGUGAAAGGUGUUGGAAGACUUUGGCACUUUGAAAUUGCUUCUGUUGUUGCUGGUAAUUACACCAGUGAUAAUUCUAUUGGUUCUGGAUACUGUUAAUUGAUUAAUUAAUGAGCUAAGAGUGUUUAGUUUCAUUUAAUUUUUUUCUUAGCCUUAAUUUUGGAUCAUCAUGGCUUCGGAUUUUUCACUGCUUAAUUUGUUUUUCUUUAUUUGAUGAUAUAAAAUGAGCGGUGAUGAUAGAAAACACUGUUUGUA